GCCUGCGGAAUCGCCGUUUGACCCCGGAAGCGCCGGCGCUCUGGGAGCUGUCACCGUGGACCGCCGCGGCGGCUGCAUAGAGCUGGCAGUGGAGCCGCCGAGCCCACACACCAGCCUGAGUCUGAACUGCUCUUACAGGCACUGGCUUGUAGGACUGAAUUUCUUCUGAAAGCAGGUGCUGUCUGGGGCCUAGAAUUAUAGGGGUGGCGAGCUGCCUCCUCCUAUGACUCUUUACCCACCUUGGAUCCCCACACUGGACUCUCCUACUACCAUCUUUGGAAGGAGGGUCACACAGCACAAUGCCAGCUCUGCCCCUGGACCAACUCCAGAUCACCCACAAGGACCUGAAGACGGGAAAGCUGAGGACUUCACCUGCGCUGCACCCCGAGCAGAAGGCAGACCGGUAUUUUGUGUUAUACAAACCGCCCCCUAAAGACAACAUUCCUGCCCUAGUGGAGGAGUACCUGGAACGCGCCACCUUCGUAGCCAAUGACCUCGACUGGCUCCUGGCCUUGCCUCACGAUAAAUUCUGGUGCCAGGUUAUCUUCGAUGAGACUCUGCAGAAGUGUCUGGACUCCUACCUGCGCUAUGUCCCCCGAAAGUUUGACGAGUGGGUGGCUCCGGCCCCCGAGGUGGUUGACAUGCAGAAGCGCCUCCACCGAAGCGUUUUUCUCACCUUCCUCCGCAUGUCCACUCACAAGGAAUCCAAAGAUCACUUCAUUUCCCCCUCUGCUUUUGGAGAAAUCCUCUACAAUAACUUCCUGUUUGACAUCCCAAAGAUCCUGGACCUCUGCGUGCUCUUUGGAAAAGGCAACUCCCCGCUGCUGCAGAAGAUGAUAGGAAACAUCUUUAUCCAGCAGCCAAGUUACUAUAAUGACCUGGAUGCAACCGUGCCCACCAUCCUUCAGGUCUUCAGCAAUAUCCUCCAGCACUGUGGUUUGCAAGGGGAUGGGGCCAGCGCCAUACCCCAGAAGCUGGAGGAGAGGAGCCGGCUGACCCCCAGCGACUUGCCUCUCCUGGAACUAAAGGACAUUGUUCUCUACCUUUGUGAUACCUGCACCACACUCUGGGCCUUCCUGGAUAUCUUCCCUUUGGCUUGCCAGACCUUCCAGAAACACGACUUCUGUUACAGGGUAGCUUCCUUUUACGAGAUAGCAAUCCCAGAACUGGAAUCUACGAUUAAGAAGAGAAGGCUUGAAGAUAGCAAGCUGCUAGGUGACCUGUGGCAGAGGCUCUCCCAUUCCAGGAAGAAGCUACUGGAGAUUUUUCACAUCCUCCUGAACCAGAUCUGCCUUCUCCCAGUCCUUGAAAGCAGCUGUGACAACAUUCAGGGCUUCAUCGAGGAGUUCCUUCAGAUCUUCAGCUCCUUGCUGCAGGAGAAGAGGUUCCUCCGGGACUACGACGCACUCUUCCCCGUGGCUGAUGAUGUCAGCCUUCUGCAACAGGCCUCAUCAGCUUUGGAUGAGACUCGGACUGCCUACAUCCUCCAGGCAGUCGAGAGUGCAUGGGAAGGGGUGGACCGACGGAAAGCCACCGAUGCCAGAGGCCCACCAGCGGCUGAGAAUCCUAACGGGGUUGUGGAGACUGCUGAGCCAGAGAACUCCGAGGGAGAGGAGUGCCUGGGAGCAGCUGCGGCCCCAGCCCCUGCCGUGUGUGGCGUGGAGCUGGACUCACUCAUCUCCCAAGUGAAGGACCUGCUGCCAGAGCUCGGGGAGGGCUUCAUCCUGGCCUGCCUAGAGCACUACAGCUACGACCCAGAGCAGGUGAUCAACAACGUCCUGGAGAGCCGCCUGGCCCCUGCCCUCAGCCAGCUGGAUCGCAGCCUAGACAGACAGGUGAAGCCAGACCCAACACCUCUGCUGACAUCUCGUCACAACGUCUUCCAGAAUGAUGAGUUUGACGUGUUCAGCCGGGACUCAGUGGACCUGAGCCGGGUACACAAAGGCAGGAGGAAGACAGAGAACACUCGGAGCCUGCUGAAUGACAAGCGGGAGGUGGUGGCACAGCGGCAGCGCUAUGAGCAGUACAGCGUGGUGGUGGAGGAGGUGCCGCUGCAGCCAGGUGAGGGCUCACCUUACCACUGUGACGACUAUGAGGAUGAGUAUGAUGACACAUAUGAUGGCAACCAGGUAGGCGCCAAUGACGCUGACUCGGAUGACGAGCUCAUCAGCCGCAGGCCCUUCACCAUCCCUCAGGUGCUGAGAACCAAAGUGCCCGGAGAAGGGCAAGUGGAGGACGAGGAGGAGGAAGAGGAGGAGGCUGAGGACGAGGCCCCUAAGCCCGACCAUUUUGUGCAGGACCCUGCAAUGCUGCGGGAGAAAGCAGAAGCCAGGCGCAUGGCCUUCCUGGCCAGGAAGGGGUACCGGUAUGACAGCUCAACAGCAGUGGCUGGCAGCCCACGGGGCCACGGGCAGAGCCGUGAGACAACACAGGAACGCAGGAAGAAGGAGGCCAACAAGGCCACCCGAGCCAACCACAACCGGCGAAACAUGGCCGACCGCAAAAGAAGCAAAGGCAUGAUUCCGUCCUGAGGCCAUUGUGCCCGGGCCAGCUGGGCCCCCCAGGCUAAGGUACCAUAGCCUGGGGCCUCCUUCCCAGUUGGCCCCUUGCUGGGGCCCCAAGUUCAAGUUCAUCCCUCAACAGCCUCAGCUUUGCAGCCCCUGAGAAGGCCACCUCGUCCUCCACCAGCCAGCCGUGAGCGCCUUCUUACAGAACACACAGUGCCUUAUCCCACAGUGGGGGAAGCCGUGGGCCGGCGAGCAGGCGAAAGGGACUGGGACGGAGCCCCAAAGCAAGCCCCCCAAACCUCGUGCCGUGAGACACCACCUUCCUUUCUCCCCGGAUGGCAGGAAACCUGUAUAUUCAAAAACAAAAAAAAGGCCUGCAAAUAAAGCUUUUGACCCUUUCAAGAAAUGAUCCAUGCAGGGCCUGUGACCUGUUCCCCAUGUCCUGUUUCUUCAAGGGAUGACCGCCAUCAGGAGAGGAAGAGGGCAGGAUGAGGCUCUCUUCAUCAACCUUUUGUGCUUGCUCCCCAUUUUGACCCCUCCCGACCUUGCUCCACUUCACUGUGUAGUCCUGAGAACAUUGCUCCCUUCUCCGAGCCUCAGGUCUCUGCCUGUGGAAGGAGGGGCCAAGGGUGUGAGGCCCUGCAGUCCUUUCUGUUUUCUUGUUUGGUCCCCACUACCUCCACCCUAAAAGGUAGGUACAGUUUUCAGCCCCAUCGUACAGAUGAGGAAGGCCAGGCACUGAGAGCUGAAGAUGCCUGCCUAGGCCACAGCCAGGAGGUAGGAGAACAGGGAUUGGACACUCAAUAUGUCCCCUGGCCUUUGUAGGUUCCUAAACCCCGCACAGGUUGUGUCAUCUUCAUCUCGUAGAUUCCCAAGGACAGUUGGCCACCAGCAGAGCCAGUCCCAGAACUCAGUGCCUCCUGGUUACACAUACACUCCAGUAAAUCCUCCAAAAUCAAGGGGUCAGAGACAGGAAGACAGACAGAGGAUGUCACUGCCAAGCACUAUUAAAGUGAGUGGGACUUGGGCCUUGUGCCUCCAAGCCCCCUCCCAGCCAUGGCCACCCAGCUCUUCAUGUGGCCACAGGAGAUGGGCAUCCUGAUUCCUGGCCGCCCAGAAUGUGGCUGAUAGUUAGCACAUCAGCAGGCAGGGGCAUUUGCUUGGCUGAUGGCCCAGAGUCCAUCAGUGAAAGCCAGGGCCCCUGCCCAGCUGGACCUUGACGAAUCGCCCGAGAUGCUGGUGCAAUUUAUUUGCACAUGGUUAGGGUGAGCAUCUGCAGCAGUAAGGCAGACAGGCACUUGACGAAUUGGUUUUGUUAGGUCAGCCAGCACAAGUGGAAAUCAAUAGCAAUUCCUCUGUCUCGCCAGUUCUCUGGCGUGUUUGAGAUGCAGAGCAGAUAUGGGGGUGGUGUCCUCCCCUCAUGCUGUUGAAUUAGCUGAGAUCAGGCCCGGGGUCAGCCAUCCUGACAGGAAAAAGGAAGACUCUGUUUCCUCCUGGAGGCAUUUGCCAGGGACCGAGCUCAGUGGCAGGCCUUUUUUCUUUUUUUUUCUUUUUUCUCUCUCACUGAGCUGCUCAGGCCCAGCUCUUGGCCCUGGAGCAAAGUUAAGUGGUGGUGGGGUUGGAGAGGGGGGUGCUCCUGGCCUUCACCUGCCUUCCCUAUUUCUGUUCAUACAGCCCUUCACACCUUCACUUUGUCACCUGCAUCCUCUUGGCCACCUGGAGUUCAAGCUUCACCUUAGCAUGCUGGUUUAAAGGAUUUGAGAAGACAGGUGAUUUUUCAAAUUUUCCAGGAUGUAGUGCCAUGUCACACUUAGUCUCCCUUGAGGAAUCACCUCAAGGUGACUUUCCAUUUCUGAUCACAAGGGCUCCCUUUCAGGGAUGCUUGGAAAACAGUUCAGGGGUCAGCCAGAAUAGUAUUGGCAGGCAUACCCCUUCACCUCUUGAGGCCUCAGUUUUCCUAUGUCUGAAGUGGGUACAUUGGACCAGAUGAAUGAUUUCCACCUGGUGCCAAUUAGAUCCUCCUCAGAGGCGCCAGGGUUUAAGAUGGGCAAUUGCGGAAGCAUUACUAGUGAAGUGGGGUAGGGGCUCCGAACCCUGCCCACUCGGUCACUGAGCCCCACCACCCCCAUUACUGCUCCUGAGCAGGAAUUUUCUAAGUGCCUUCUCUGUACCCUGGCAGAGGACAUGACUAUCACAGGCAUUUCCCAGGAAGCUCUUUAAGACCUCGUGCCUCCGAGAGGACUUAAGACUUGAGGUCUUUUCCUCUAGUCCAUGAGUGGCAAUGAUGGUGGGCAUGUUAGUUUGCACAGUGCACCUGAGCCUCUCUGAGGUAGGCAGGCAGAGCCUGUCAUUGGCAUAAAAAGGGCCCCCAGGGAGCUCAGGACAGCAAGUAACUUGCCCAAACCCCAUGGCAAGUUGGCAGCAGAGCCUGGAUGCAGAGCCUUUCUGAGUGGCCCCUGAGAUGGCCAGGAGCCACCUGGAAGAGUAAAUGCUUGGCAAGAAGCUACCUGUCCCAGACACACGAGGAGCUUGGGUUCUGUCGCACAGGGAGAGAGAGAAGCAAAGGAGACCCACCAGAAAAUACAGGGGGUGUUGUGUAACCCUUUAAAAUGAUGUCAAUGAAUACUUGGUAGCAACAUGAGAAACUAAAUAUUCAAGAACUUUUUAAAAAAAAUCUAAAUAUAUUUGAAAACAGAAUACAUGGUAAUGCACCAUGAUUGUAAAAACAUCAGGAAAAAAUUUUGUUCGCAUUUUUCCAAGUCUGGAAGGAAAUGUGCAUAGUUUAAAAUGAGGAUGAGAGCAUGGAUGAGGAUGGUGGUGAGACCACAAUUACUUGUAACUAGAAUAAAAGCACUUACUGUGCACUUAACCAUG